GGCUUGUUCCGCCCUAAAAUGUGCUGACGUCAGGGGCAGGGUUUGGAGUACGUGUGGUGAGCGAGGAAAAAAAGAGGAACGGCUGGCGCCAUGCGUCCCCACUGGGCUGAUACUCGUUUUUGGGCUAACGUAGAAGUUAAUAGACAUUAUGCGGUAAAGCACGGGAAUUGUUUUGUGCCUACGGAUGUACAUAAAGAGUGAGCAACAAAGUGCGUGUGAUGUUAUUGUUUGGCGGCGGGGCGAAGGCGGACAUACCAUUCUCGCUAACGCUAGCGUCGUUGCGGUGGACACUCCAAACUUGCACGUUAGCUGUGGGGCAAGGAAAGCGGCGAAUUUAAAGGGAAAGAGCUCUCCGGACGGUUAAACCUUAGCUAUGGAAAAGGGAAGCUCCAAGGAGGUCACCGGUACCGACCUGGACCGGGACCGCCAAUACUGUGAACUUUGUGGUAAAAUGGAGAACCUGCUGAAGUGCGGCCGGUGCCGAAACUCUUUCUACUGUAGUAAAGAGCACCAGAUACAGGACUGGACCAAGCAUAAGCGAAUUUGCAAGAAGGAAUCCGAUAAAUCUCAGUGUCCGGCGGAGUCCGGAGCAGCGCAGCCUGUCACAGGAACAGGACAGGAACGGCUGUCGCGAAAGAAUAGUGACAAGCAGAGCGACGCGGCUACGCAAAGCACUUCGCAAACGGGCCCUUCCAACCCACCACCAGACGGUGAAAGAAUGAAAGAUUUUAUCACUUCAGCGGCGGGCUCGGGUGGCGUAGACGACGACAAACAAACGGGGGACGGAAUUACCAACAACACCAAGCCCAACGGACAAACGAGGUCCCCCCCGCAAAGACUGGCUAUGGAGUAUAUAGUUCCAUGUAUGAACAAGCAUGGCAUUUGCGUCGUUGACAACUUCAUCGGCGAAGAGACUGGUUUGAAUAUUCUGGAGGACGUCAAAGCCCUGCACCAGAGCGGAAAAUUCACUGACGGUCAGCUUGUCAGUCAAAAAAGCGAUUCUUCCAAAGACAUAAGAGGGGACAAAAUUACUUGGAUUGAGGGAAGAGAACCCGGCUGCGAGAAAAUAGCUUUUCUGAUGAGUCGAAUGGACGACCUAGUCAGACACUGUAAUGGUAAACUGGGGAACUACAUAAUAAACGGAAGGACGAAGGCGAUGGUGGCCUGUUACCCUGGCGACGGGACCGGGUACGUGCGGCACGUGGACAACCCGAAUGGCGACGGCCGAUGCGUUACCUGUAUUUAUUACCUGAACAAGGACUGGGACGCUAAGGACCACGGAGGCCUACUACGGAUUUUCCCAGAAGGCAAAGCGCAGUUUGCAGACAUCGAGCCUAAAUUCGACAGACUUCUGUUUUUCUGGUCUGACCGACGGAAUCCCCAUGAAGUCCAACCAGCCCUCGCCACUAGGUAUGCCAUCACGGUUUGGUAUUUCGACGCUGAUGAACGCGCUCGAGCGAAAGAGAAAUACCUUACAGGUGCAGGAGAAAAGGGAGUGAAGGUGGAGUUGAACAAGCCGUCGGAGCCCAGCUAACGAGCGAGGGGAUGGGGUGCGACGGACAGGGACACCCCCCACACUGACCCCUUACGCACUGACACACACACACACACACGGACCCCUUACACACUGACACACGGACCCCUUACACACUGUUGCUUCUUGCUUCUCACGAAGGACAAAUGACAAGGGGAGUGGGAAAGAAGAGAACAGAACAGGAGAGGAGAGGAGAGGAGGAAAGUCAGUUUGUGUGCUUUUUCUUUAUUUUAAUUUUUUUUUUUUAACCCACCUCCUCGCUAAUUUGUUCGCUCUUAUUUUCUUGCGAUGCCAACGCGUUUCCAAGGACAUGGACAUUCCUCACCACUUGCUUACACGUACAGUCAGUUUCCCCCUCAGUACUUUGUGCUUCUCAAGUGAAGAACACGGCCGUGGCCGCGAGUGGCCAUGGAAAGAGUUGUGAUCCUAAUGCAUGUAUUUAUAUGUGUGUGUGUGUGUGUGUGUGUGUGUGUAUUAUACACAUGACAGUGUAUACAUGUAUGUGUCCACAUUUGCUUGUCUCACAGGCAUUGAAAAGGGUCUAGUAUGAUGUGAGCAAGCUGCUGAGAGCCACACUUACGGUUAAUAAACUCCACAGAACACACUGUCCACCUGUCCAUCCAAGACUUAGCCUCUCUCUCUCUCUCUCUCUCUCUCUCUCGCGCCCUCUCACUCCCCCUAUCUCUCUUUCUCUCUGUCAUUCUCUCCUGUCUCUCACCCUCUC